ACCUCGCGACGCUGCGCCAGGCUGCCAACUUGGCUGCCAACGAACGCGACGCGCGAAAGACCCUUGGGCCAAACACGCUCGUAAGACAGGUGACCCCUGUUUGCCGCUGUGUCAGCGAGGGACAGUAUUCGGACAUUGAAGCGCGGAAGUUUUACUGGCGCAAGCACGCAAUUGAUUGCACACGGAUGGGGGCGGCGGUCAAUGGCAAAUCGACGACUGAACGGUGAACUUGCUCAAAGGCUUCCUCAAACAAUUCUGUUUACAUCGCACUAAACUUGAAAUAACAUAUUGUGCAUCAGAGCGGACAGCCGUCGCUGCGCACGCCACUCGGCAAGCUGAAUUCACUCGUUGCACUUGCCACGCCGUUGUAAGCGCCCGUACUUUUACUGACUAUCAAGCAACAUAUUACUAGAAACGUAGAAACAAUGGCGGCGUCGCAGCUUUGGUAUGUGCCUUACCACCCGGACCUGGUGUGCCUAGCGCCCUGCGACACCACCGACCCGGUGCCGGGGCCCGGCUGCAUGUUCGUGGGCCUCCCCGACAAGCUGCAGACACAGCAGCCGCAGCGGCGCAAAGACGACACUGCCUGGAAGCACCCCAAGGUCACCGCCUUCGUCACCUGCUUCGGCGACCUGCCCAAGCAGCAGCCGCGCGUGGUGCGCUGCGCCUGCGGCAAGAGCCCCUGCGGCCUGAGGGGCCUCAGCGAGGGAGCCGGCGUGACGGCGGAGGACUUUAUCCCGGCCGACUGGCACUCCAAGUUCGAGCUGCCGACCGGGGCGGAGCACGUCGGGCCCGAGAGCCGCCGCGUGCAGGCUCUGGACGCCUACCUGCAGUGCACGGGCCAGGCGGAGCGCGAGCUGCCCGCGCCGGAGGGCCGGGAGGCGCCCGAGGAGGCGGACAUCAAGGCCACCGCCGAGGUGAUGCUGACGGACUUCUUCAAGGGCCGCAUCUGCCACGCCUGCCACAUGCCCAGCACACGCAUGAUGCGCUGCGGCAGCUGCCGCGAGGCUCGCUACUGCUCGCGCGACUGCCAGCGCAAGCACUGGUCGGCCGAGCACAAGGCCAGCUGCGCGGGGCGCAAGGAGCAGGAGAAGGCGAAGAAGGAGGAGGCGGCGGCAGUGAAGACGGAAGCCAAGGAGGAGGAGGCGUAGGCGGGGUGUGGGCGCGUGGGAGAGGGCGUGGGAGGAGGUGGGGAGGAAGAGGAGGUGUGGAUCGGGAAGCGCGGUGCGUGGGAACGUGUGUGGAUUUGUGUGCACAGCGAGAGAAUGUGUGGGAUGUGUGUAUAUGUGUGUUUGAGUGAUGGGUGACAGGGCUGACUGGGCUAGGUAGGGGUCGCUGCGGGCUUUUGGGGGCCCGGGCACGGUGCGAGUAAUGGUAAAAGGGCGAGUACGGUACGGGCCGUUGCGGUUGUGCACAUUUGGUAUUGAGGGGGCCGGGGGGUGGGGGAGGCGGGGGGUGCCGAGAGGGCGGCGGCCUGGUUGACCUGCCGGGGACCCCGAGCACGUCGGUGCCCAUUGGUGCGUUGGGGGGCCCGGGGCUGUGGUGUGUUGGCGCAACGCCGCACGGGCCGGUGCAUGCGCCAUGUGUGCGCGGCUGCUGCGGCUGACACGGCGGCUGACACGGCACCGUGCAACACAGCGUGUGGUGUGGAGGUGGCUGUCAACGCCACUUGACGCCGGGGAAGCGUAUUGGUGCAUCGCGGGAGGGGGCAGCAAGUCAUCGGUCCCGGUCCCGCCCUGCUGUUGUGCGUUGGGGGCUGAGUGUAUUCUGCUUGGCAUUGGAGGAUAAGGGGGGAGCCUAGCCGGGGCUGACGAGGUUUGUAGAUUGUACGCACGAAGCAUUGUGCUGCUGCUGCUGCUGGUCACCUUGGUCCGGAUUUUGUAACCCCCAACGCGC